AUGGGCGCUUUGAUCGUGGACCGCUCGGGUGCUACAUUGAAUGGACAACGACUGAUCGAGUUCCGGCUCGGUCCAGAGACCGACUCGGAGCAGGGAGAAGGGCUGGCGGUGGAGUCCGCCGAGCUCUUGGUGCGCGCGGAGACGAUGCCGCGCAGGCGCCGGCUACGCUACACGCUAUGGGCGUUCACCGUGAAUGGCAACGCCAGCGUCGGGGAGCUUGCGGGCGCCUGCAAGCGGGAUCCGUCCCGCAUCUGGCAGCGCAUGGACGUGACGGCCGCGGUGCGGCGGUGGACGCGGAGCGAGCGCACGCGCGGCCCGCUACGGCUGCUGCUGGACUGCAGCGGCUGCAUGGGCCGCGUGCGGCUGCGGCUGGGCGGCGGGCAGGCGGCGCGCCCGCUCCUCCGGCUGCGGCUGCAACCGCCUCCCCCGCGCCGCCGCCGCGCGCUCGUCUGCGACGCCGCCAACCACGGCCGCUGCUGCCGCCAGACAUACUACGUGAGCUUCCGCGCGCUGGGUUGGGACGACUGGAUCGUCGCGCCGGAGGGCUACUACGCCAACUACUGUCGCGGCGCGUGUUCGCCUUUCCUCAACUACCACUCGCAGGUGGUGGAGGCGGCACGGCUAGAACGCGCCGCGUGCUGCGCGCCUGUGCGCUUCUCUGCGCUGUCGCUCAUCUACUUCGGCGCCGACUCGAACAUCAUCAAGCGCGACCUGCCGGAGAUGGUGGUCGAGGAAUGCGAUUGCCCGUAG